UAAAUUGAAAUCAAUGUUGUUGGAUUAUGUUGCUGUUGACUACAAAUUAUUUUGCGUGUAGAAAGAAAUUAAGAUAAUUAAAAUAAAAAGAAUUAAGAAAAAAACAUAAUUUAUAGAAAAGAAAAAAAUUAAAUGUGCGUGUUUGAUAAUUAAAAUGGUAAAUAAUUGAAACGUUUUAAAUAAUUGCUGAAAAAAUUAAUUAAUUAAGGUGCAUUAAAGAAAAAAAAAAAAAGUUUUUCUUGUUUAAACAAAAGAGAAUGAGUGAAAAUGAUUUUUCAUGAAUCGCAAUGAAUAGUGAAUGCUAAUGAUGAUUGUGUUGUUUUUGUUUUUUUGAAAUAUUUUUGAUGUUUUGUUUUGUGUUUGACAUUUACUUGAGAAUCUAAUGAAAAUAUUUAAUUUGAUUAAUUUAUUUCAAUUUAGUAAGGAAUAAUAAUAAAAAAGAAAGAAAAUUAACUACCAUCGAUUAUUUGCGUUUAAUUUCUUCGUUUAAACGCGGAAACAAGAAAAUUGCUUCAUUAUUGUAACGAAGAAAUAAUAAAUAAAUAUUGCAUUAUAUUGUUAAUUGCAACAUUUUCUACGUUGUUGCUGUUGUUUUUGUGUAAUAGUGCUAAUUAUAAAUUGCAAAAUAGAAAAAAAUGCAUAGUAAAUUAAAGAAAAACCCAACAAACAACAGCAUUUAAAAAAACCAGUGUAAAUUUUAUCAUUUAUAAAUGUUUCAUAAUUUUCUUUACGACAAAAAAGAAAAAUAAUUAAGAACAGGACUUUGACUCUUCAUUGGUAUAGCAUUCUGUCCAACCAGACAUCAAAUUCAAUUAUUUAAAAUACUCGGGAAAAAAGUAGUCUAGCCACAAAAGUAAAAACCAGUUGCCUUUGGCCUACAAGUGUUCAAUGUUAUUGACGCCACCACCAUCACCUUAAAGCAUCUCAACUAUAAUAACAACAAAAGCAACAAAUAAUCCAAACAGCUUUAAAUCAUCUCAUGCAGCAUCAGGUUCUUCAAUAAAUUGUCUUCGUUUUCGUAUUUUUUUGUUCUUCCUAAAAUAAAACAUACUGCAACAGAAGACACAAUUGCAAUUUUGUUUUAUAUUUUAUUACAAAUACAACAACAGCUGCCUCCUCCCAAAAAUUAAACAAAACCAGUUCUUCAGUGUUGGAUCGGCUCCUCUAAAAUAUCAGCUGCUUUUUUACAUUUUACUUAUUGCUGUUUUUGUUAAUUAUCGUGUGUAUGCUGACAGCUGUUCCUUUGGCCAGCUUCCCCCCUUCAACAAAGAUACUCUUUUAUUAGAUUGUCUUAGACUGAUCAUCUAUUAGAUCGAACAUCAAUAUGACAUCUUCUAUGGAAAGUGACACCAAUACCGAAUGGCUGGAAGAUCUUUUAAAAGAAGUUCAAUUAGAACAGUUCCUAGAACGAAUACGUGAUGACUUACAGGUUACACGACUGGCACAUUUCGAUUAUGUGCAAGCCGAAGACUUGGAACGUUGUGGUCUGGGUAAGCCGGCCAUUAGACGUUUAAUGGAAGCGGUGCGCAAGAAAAAAGCCCAUCAAUGGCGUAAAAAUAUUCUAUCGAAAUUAAUUGGCGGCGGUAAACAGCCAUCGUCGAAGAAAUCUUCAAAUGCCACAAACAAAGAUAAACAGCAAAAUACUCAAUUGACCUGCCUAAUACACGAGAAGGAUAUAACGCUGGGCAAUAAAUUGGGCGAUGGUUCAUUUGGUGUAGUACGCAGGGGUGAAUGGUUGACAGCUCCUAAUGGCAAACAUUUGCCAGUGGCAGUAAAGGUCCUUAAAGCUGACAAUCUUACACAACCUGGCAUUAUAGAGGAUUUUUUUCGUGAGGUGCAGGCUAUGCAUGCCUUAGAUCAUUCAAAUUUGGUGCGUUUGUAUGGUGUGGUGCUAUCCCAACCCAUGAUGAUGAUUACAGAAUUGGCGGAACGUGGUUCCCUGCUCGAUACUUUGCGCAAACAGUGCAAACAUACUCCCUUGACCACCAUUUGGAAUUGGUCUGUUCAAAUUGCCACUGGCAUGGCCUAUUUGGAACAUAAACGGUUUUUACAUCGCGAUUUGGCCUGCCGCAAUGUUUUAUUGGCCUCAGGAAAUAAAAUCAAAAUAGGUGAUUUUGGUUUGAUGAGAGCUCUACCUCAAGAAGACGACUGUUAUGUUAUGUCUGAACAUAAAAAAGUUCCUUUUCCCUGGUGUGCCCCAGAGUCUUUGCGCUUUAGGCAAUUUUCUCAUGCCUCGGACACCUGGAUGUUUGGUGUUACUUUGUGGGAAAUGUUUACCUUCGGUGAAGAUCCUUGGGUGGGUUUAAAUGGUUCACAAAUUUUGCGUAAAAUUGAUAGAGAAGGUGAACGUCUACAUCAUCCCGAAGCUUGUCCACCGGAUGUCUAUGAAAUGAUGUUACAAUGCUGGGAUAAAACUCCAGCUGAGCGGCCUACUUUUGCAGCCAUAAAAGAAUUUUUGGUUGGCGUAUCACCACAACUUGUCAAAGCGAGCAAGGCAUUCAAUGAAUCAAAUCGUUUACAAAUCGAUGCAGGCGAUACCAUUGCCAUCGUUGAUGGUAGACCCGAACUUAAACUGAUUAAGGGACAAAACCAAAGAACAUUCGAUAUAGGCAUAUUUCCAAGUCAAAUACUCGAGAAAACCAAACAAACCAACAGUGACCUCAUACGACCUAUGCAUGAAAAUCUCAGAGCAACUGGUCAUUCGGGUUCACCGUUUGGUUUCUGCUGGGGCGGAGCUGGCACUAUGGCCACUAGUAGUAGUGAAAUGCAUGCAGAAAGAGCUCGUAAAACGGCUUCUUUGCAGGCUCACUCCAUGCAACAGUUGCAUCAUGCUAAAGAACGCAAAUCAAUUGUUAGCAAACAAUUCUCCUACAAUAAGCUGGUAAACGAGAGAGCAGUCGAGUUGCAGCGCCACCAAUCAAUGCAGGCGGCAGCUGGAGCGAAUGGAAAAAAUAAAAGUGGCAAAAAUAAAGGACCACUGAGACCUCCCCCACCGCAAUUGCAGCAGCAACAAGAAGGUAUACUAAUUGAUAUAUCCCCAGAAUUUGGUGGUGGUAGUGGUCCUUCCCCCUCCACACAAAAUCCCUUACUACACUUGGGUGAAAGUUCAUCAAUGCAUGUUGACAGCUCAUUUUGUAUACUCGACGCUCCCAUUGAAGUGCCUACCGAAGGAGAGGAAUAUUUGGACAAUGAUGCGUCCUCCUCAUGUGUUAUGCCUACAACGCCUACAGCUUUGACUCAUAAUAAUUUUGAUUUUGGUGCUUCGCCCUCACGUCUACAUCCUCCUCCCUAUCAAAUGCCACCCACGUACUCCAAUACAAUGGAAUUUAGUCAGCAGCAGCCAACACCAACACGAGAUCCCUUUGAUACCAGCAGAAUUAGUUUAAAUGGUAGCAAUGGCACGAACACAACAAAUGAUGAUAUUAAUGCUUUAUACUCGAAUGUAAUAAAACCCCAACAACAGGAUACUCCUCUAAGAAAUACUUUCCUACAAAAUUCCAAUUACAAUAGUCCUUCGGCACGUAAAAGUUUGUUUGGUGGUCCAGGGCCAGCCUCAAGCGCAUCGAACAUAUCAUUGGCAGGCAACAAAGAAAACAUACCUCAAAUGCCUGCAGAAACAACUACCAACAACUUAGCAGGACUUCGGCAAUAUGAAACCACAAAAAUACAAUCUACCACAAUUUCAGCUGCUGAAGAUUCAGCAUUGCAAAAGAACUUAAGUACUCUUAGCUUGGAAAAGCAAACAACAAAUACAGUAACCGCAGCAGCCUCUGUAGUCACCACCAGUAAUGAACAAGUUAUGUUGGAUAAAAGUUUUAUAGCCGAACUGGAAAAGGACAUGUAUUCGAAUAAGGGACAGAAUGACUAUGAACGUAAUUCGACACAAAUGUAUGCCAACAAGGAGGUGGCCUUUAAGCAAAAUCUAACACCACUUAAGAAUUCAGGGGCUAGCCAUUCAAACCACUCUAGUCCUGCUUCAAACAGUGGGGCAUCGCCAAAAAUGCACAACAUUGAAAGGCAGGCAGGGCAAUACAAUGCUUUAGAGAAUCGUAAUAGUGUAUACAGUGCCACAACACCAGAAACUCAUGCGCAGAAACCAAAUAAUUUGGAAAACGCUUCAGCUGUGGCAGCCAACAACACUCAAAGUGUGGUAAAUCGUAUAUGGUACGAAAGGGUAGCAAAUCAAACGGAAUAUUAUGCCCAACCAGCUUUAGAGAACAUCUACUCGAAUCAAGGCAUCUAUCAAGCCACACCAGUUGCAACGGCCACAUCAGCAGCCAGCGGCAAUGAAACUAAUCAUAGUUUUGUGGCUAUAUCUAAUCGUGUGGUUGCUCCAAAAGCUGCUAAUCCAGUGUAUGCUUCGUCCGCUUCCAUCUAUGGCAGUGUGACUGGGCAUAAUAUGUACGAUUCGGUAGCACCAACACCCUCCACCUACUACGGCCAAUUACCUUUAAGUCAUCAAUCCAAUAGUAAUGGCCAAAUCUACUCGAAUGGCAAUGGUACUGCAACAGCACAGCCUGCUAUUUACGAUGAGGUUACGCUAGAUGAUUACCUAAGGCCACAUCGUCCUGCCCCCUUAGCACCACCACAGUUAUCUGCGCAACAAAUUCAGAGGCGUCUGGAAAAAUUAAAGAAACAACAAGAGUCACAAAUGGAGGGCAGCAGCUCAUUGUAUGCACCACCGCCCUCGGACUACGAGCGGGAACAUCAGAAAAUACAACAGAUGAUGCAAGAUUUAGGACCAAAUACUCAAGAAUUAGAUGUACGCAAUGCUUUAAGAGCUGCCAGUGGUGAUACGAACUUAGCUAUAAGACACUAUAAAAUUGAUCAAUUAUCAAGACUUGGUCUUGCUAAUCGCUCUCAAUGUGAACAAGCUUUACAAAAAACUGGCUGGAGUUUAGAACUUGCAGCUGCGGUUUUAUUAGAAUCUACUUCCUAAGCUUAAUACAAAAUAGAAAA